CUCUCAGUACGGUGAGUGACCUACGGUGGCCGGCGAGGCCUCCCGAGUCAUGCUGUUUUCCGACGCGCUUGAAUGGCUGAAGGAGGCUCCUCCGAGAUGCCUCCUCCGGAGCAGCCGCAGGAUCCGGGGAGCCGCGGCUCCGGCGAAGAGCGAGACGACGACUUCGGGUACGGCCUGUUUCCCGAGAGGAGCCGCGGAGGCGGGAAAAAGCAGCAGUCCACGCUCUAUAAGGCCGUCUUCACCAGGAACCACAGGUGUCAGCUGAUGCUGCAGAUCGCCCUGGAAACCAGUCCAUAUGCUAAACUGCUACUUGAUGCUAUGAAGAAUACUGGCUGCACUGUUUUCAAAGAUCGACACUUCUCAUGUGAAGAGUGUGAUGGGUGUGUCAGUGGAGGAUUCGAUUCUUCAACAUCACAGAUUGUUCUGUGCCAAAACAAUAUUCAUCACCAGUCUCAUAUGAACAGAGUGGUUGCACAUGAGCUUAUCCAUGCUUUUGAUCACUGCCGUGCACAUGUGGACUGGUUCAAUAAUAUCAGGCAUUUAGCUUGCUCAGAGAUUCGAGCUGCUAAUCUUAGUGGUGAUUGCUCCCUCCUAAAUGAAAUGACCCGAUUUAAAUUUGGAUUGAAGCAGCAUCAGCAGACCUGCGUAAAAGACAGAGCUGUUCGCUCCAUCUUGGCUGUUCGGAACAUCAGCAAAGAGAUGGCCGAGAAAGCUGUGGAUGAAGUCUUUGUAUCGUGUUUCAAUGAUCACGAGCCGUUUGACAGAGUGCCUCACAGCAGAUCAGAUGCUAAAUAUGCACAUAGAGAUUUCCAAAACCGUGACCGGUACUAUGCGAAUUUAUAGCCAAAAACUGUUCAUUUCUAGCUACAACAUUUGGGGACAAUUUUCAAAAGAUAAUUGUGAAGAUAACUGGAAGUCCACAAACAACAAAGAAUAUUCAUGUUGUCGAAUUCCUGUUUUGUGUUUCGUUUGGUGUACGAAUUGGUCUAGCAGUCCCUCCCCCCCCCCCCAAUGUACACAUAAAAGUUUAUGUGAGUAUUGUACUGGAAAUUAAUUUUGCAAAUGCUUUGGUUCUCAUCCUUGGUUUAAUAAAUGCUGUUUCGUUAA